AGAAAGGGAGGGGGGUCAGUGAGAGAAAGGAGGAAGGAGGAUGUUGCUUUUCGUGAUGCUAGCUUAGGCCAGGAUGCAUCAGCUACAGUGAUAUGGUGGGUGACUUUGCUCCAUCGCUCCGCUACAUUGUUCCGUUGUUCCAUUAAAGAGAACAGAAGAUGUUCCUGGCAGAGACAGCGGCUUGAUGUGAGAGGAGCAAAGAAAGAGGAGUAGCGGUAUUGGUGGUGGAGGAGGAGGAGGAGGAAAGAAGAGGACUAUGAGAUCUGGGUAUCCACAUCCUAUAUGUUCAAAAUGAUGAAGACGGAGGGUAAGAACCCAGGUGGUGGGCCCAGGAGUUCAUCCCCUCAUCGGAAUGCUUAUGAAGUUGGGGUGCAGACAUUGUGCUCUGGCCAAGAUGGGUUCUCAGAGUCAGAAUCUGAGGAGAACCGCAAAUUGCGAUGCAAAUACGGGUCCAAUGUUCACCGAAUCAAGAACAUGUUUCUACAAAUGGGGACAACCCCAGGGGGGGCAGAGGUGGACAGUGCAAAGGCCAAGGAAAAGCCAUCAAAACUGACAUUGCCGCGGGCCGGCAGCCUAAACGAGAAUGUCAACCACAGCGCCCUUUUGAAGCUGGGUACCAGUGUUUCAGAGAGGGUGAGCCACUUUGAUACCCCUGCGGACAGGCCACCUUCCAAACUGCAGGAGGCCCGCCGGGUCUUCGAGAGAAACCUCCAAGAGAAGGAGACCACCAAUCGUAUCUUCCUGCGCAAAGAGAGAGGAGGGUUCCAGGAUCGAAAACUGGACGUAGUAGUAAGGUUUGGAGGGAGCACAGAGUCGCUUGAUAGGCUGGACACGGACGCCGUGUCGCCAACAGUAAGCCAGUUAAGUGCUGUCUUUGAGAACGCAGACCUCCGCAACAACCUUCACAAAAUUCCUACCAAGGGUCCAACCAGCCGGCGUACCAGACUCUUCCAGCCUGAGGUAACCAAGGACGUUGACACUGACAAGAAAACCACCGUAAAGGCGGCUGAUGGGCCCCAAAGGCCUGGCACGGUUCAGGAAAUCUGUAAAAUCAAGCCGGUGGAGGUGGAAGAAAGUGGGGAGUCAGAAACAGAUGCAUUAAAUGAAACUGUGGCAGCAAAAGAGGAGAAACCGAUCAAAACUGGAACUGAAAAUGGGGGUUCAGAGGUCAAGGGGGUGACAGCGCGGGAGGGUGACUUGGAGGAAGAUGCUGAAGCAGAAACCGUUGAAGAAGACUAUAAAAGGGAAGACUGGUCUGAGGUUGAAGUCAUAGAGCUCAGCGCUUACAGUGGACUUGGGGAGGACUCUGGGGGCAGUGGCUUGGAGGAAGAUGAGGAUGGGUUUUAUGAGGCCGUAACAAGCUGCCAGGAGAUUGAGGGUCUGUCUGAAGAAGAGGAGCCAGUGCAAACGAGGAAAAUACGCUUUAGUACAGCCCCUAUUAAGGUGUAUAGCACGUAUUCCAAUGAGGAUUAUGACCGGCGUAACGAGGAUGUGGACCCCAUGGCGGCCUCGGCUGAGUAUGAGCUGGAGAAGCGGGUGGAGAGGCUGGAACUGUUCCCCGUGGAGUUAGAGAAAGACUCUGAGGGUCUUGGAAUAAGUAUCAUCGGGAUGGGAGCCGGAGCUGACAUGGGACUGGAGAAGUUGGGGAUAUUUGUCAAGACGGUGACAGAAGGUGGAGCAGCCCACAGAGAUGGCAGGAUCCAAGUGAAUGAUCUUUUAGUCGAAGUCGAUGGGACCAGUUUAGUUGGUGUCACUCAAUCAUUUGCUGCUUCUGUCUUGAGGAACACAAAGGGACGUGUAAGGUUUCUAAUUGGUCGGGAAAAGCCUGGAGAACAAAGUGAGGUGGCCCAGCUGAUUCAACAGACUUUGGAUCAAGAAAGGUGGCAGAGGGAGAAUAUGGAACAGCGAUAUAAUCAGUGCAAUGAGGAUGAUGAAGAGACUGGGGAGUAUGCAACUGAUGAAGAAGAUGAAGAGAUGAGCCCUAUGUUCCCAGGCGGGGAAUUGGCUAUUGAAGUGUUUGAACUUCCAGAAGGUGAGGAUGCACUGUCCCCAGUGGAGAUGGAUCCUGAGAAGCUGGUGCACAAAUUUAAAGAGUUGCAGAUCAAACAUGCAGUGACUGAGGCUGAAAUUAAACAACUAAAAAGAAAGCUGGCAGGUCUUGAGCAGGAACGUUCUCGUUGGAGGGUGGAAAAGGCUCAGUUGCAGCAAAGUGUUCAGGAGAACAGGGAACGUGUGGAGAAACUGCAGGGGUAUUGGAUGGAGGCUCAGAAUUUGUGCCAAGCGGUGGAUGAACACUUAAAGGAGACACAAGCCCAGCACCAGGGACUGGAGCGCAAGUAUGGCAAAGCAAAAAGACUCAUCAAGGACUAUCAGCAAAAGGAGCUGGACUUCGUGAAGAAAGAAGAGAUGCAGAAACAAACACUGGAGGAGGUUGAGACUGUGCAUGCUUCCGAGAUCCAGAGGCUACAAGAGAAGGUUUCUGAAUUAGAGAAGAAGCUUAUGACUCUCCAGUCAAACACCACCGCCUAGAUUCUGUAUUAUAAGGGUAGGGGCACAAUUGUUGGUGGUGCUUGUUCCACCUGCAGGAUCUCAACUUUCCUCUUCUCCUUGCCCGUCGAGAGAACUAAGGACAAUCUCUGCCUUCCAUUGCUCAUUUACUUUCCCUGUUAUUAAAGUGUGGAACGAGGCAGCUUUCUAUUGGGACCUGGACUCCUGGUUCUUCAUGAUCUUCUUACUGGACAAACAAGGAGUCCCAGUGGGCUGCGCAGUUCAUUUGACAGCGCCACUUUGGCCUGCCUCUUCUUGUGGCCAUAGGAAUGUUUUACACAGUUGUUUUGUGGUCCUUGUCAAUUGACAGCUUUGUGGCCUAUAUCUUAUGGUGGCCUUGCAAUGACUUUGGGACCCUUGUAUUGCUUGGAUAUUUAAGGCCCCCAUAGAGGCCUAAGCAAUGAACUGUGGCCCUUUACCUGGGACUUUGCGUGUCUCUGUGCUGUGUCUGUGCUGGUGGCCUGUGCCUCUUACUUGCCUUGGUAUCAAAUGCAAGGUUUGUUUGGCACUUACCAUCCUCUUCCUCUCUCUAUCUCUAUACUGUAGCGCCUCCCUUUCCUACCCUUGCACUCACAGAGUGAGUGAGCCGAGCAUUGCCAGAAUGACAGGUAGUGUGUAAGGCUGGGCGCGUGUAACUUAAAAACGUGUGUCUGACAUGUGUGUAGAAAUGUAGUUAGCUGUGGCUGUGCUGUAUUGUGUGUUAAAAUGAAUAUAGGAUAUGCCAACACACAUGCAGACCUAUAGGUACACAUCUAAUACAUAUGAAUACACACUCACACAUACCGGACAGACCACCGCAAGGGUAAGUCCCUUAAAAGAUACACAAGUUAUGUUGUGUGUGUGUCAUCAAAUAUAUACACAUGGACACACAACCCCAUUUCGGGGGAACUCAGAUACGUCGAUGACAGCUGUAUAUAACUCUGUAGAAAUGUGAGCCAGUAUCUACCUAUGACUUUGCCACCUGCAUGAAAAGUAUGCCAACCACAAUGCAGGUGCGGGUAUUCUGAAUUGAAUGCGUCCCGCAAAUGGUAUUGCUGGCAUCCAUCUUUACUGCUGGAUAGAUAAAGGGAAACCUACACCAAAUAUGAAAAAAAAGACCGUUCAGACCGAUUUCCCUCUUGCCACCUAUAAAGGUGUUUUUUUUUUCAAUAUAACCUUGGAACUGGGUCAUAAAAUCUAGAAGAAUUCCUUGAUUUGAUCAGUUUUAUGAACACUGCUUUGUUCUCCUUUGAAUUCAAGUUUUGGAUGAUGUAUACAUUGUCUAAAGCAAUUUGCAUAUGAUGGGUUUUUUUUCUUUAAUUCAUUGGGAAUCUAAACUUUUGGUAUCCGGCUGCCCCAGAUAUCCUAGCACCUCUCAUGACCCUCCCGUUGUGUUAAAAUUCCACUGUAAGAAUGCAGAGGAGGUUCGCUGUUUGGGGGUGACAUGACAUCCUAUGGAGCGAAUCCAAGGAAAUAAAUGGAAUUUUUCAUACUUUCUAGGUUUUCACAUGUAAAGAGAGAAACCAUAUUUCUAGACUAGCUUGGUAUUCCUUAGUUCUAGGCACCCUUCUCUAGGACAAUAUGAGAAUAGGGGGUGCCCUGAAAACCAGAUUUUAGGACUCCAGUUCCAACGUUUAUGUGACAAGAUCCCAUUUUCAUUUCAUCCCAUUUUCAUUAUUUUUUUGCCAUUUAAAGAAAAUGGGGGGUGGGGUUGUGGAAAAUCAGAUAGGCGAGCCACUAGAAUAUUUUGGGCCAAGAAUGGAUGGGGUUGUGAGGGUGCGCUGCUAGUGAUGUGAAUGGUCGAUAGGGAGGGGGCUGAAUGACAUUGUGCCAAAUUAUUAUCUGUCUAUUUAUUGGUCUGUUACAGAAAAAAAAACAAUAUUGAAAGGCUGUAUAAAUGUGAAGUUUUAUGAGUCCAUUAUUGGGAACAAGGAUCAAAGUGUUGGGGGGUUAUGGGUCAUGACAAAAAUAGAAAUUUGGCAUUAAACCAACUCUAAUUGUU